CAGCAGGCCGACAACCUGCAAGCCACAGUGGCUGCCCUUUGCGUGCUGCGAGGUGGAGGGCCCUGGGCGGGAAGCUGGCUGAGCCCCAAGACCCCGGGGGCCAUGGGCGGGGAGCUGGUGCCGGGCCUGGGGGCCCUGCAGCGGCGAAAGCGCCUGCUGGAGCAGGAGAAGUGCCUGGCGGGCUGGGCGCUGGUGCUGGCGGGAACUGGCAUUGGCCUGAUGGUGCUGCACGCGGAGAUGCUGUGGUUCGGGGGCUGCCCGUGGGCGCUCUACCUGUUCCUGGUUAAAUGCAUGAUCAGCAUUUCCACCUUCUUCCUCCUUUGCCUUAUCCUGGCCUUUCACGCCAAAGAAGUCCAGCUGUUCAUGACGGACAACGGGCUCCGGGACUGGCGUGUGGCGCUGACUGGGCGGCAGGCGGUGCAGAUCGUGGUGGAGCUCGUGAUAUGCGCGCUGCACCCGGCACCCGUGCGGGGACCGCUGUGCGCGCAGGGCGCAGGCGCGUCCCGGGGAGCGGUGCAGACCUGGCCUGGCUUCCUGAGCCAGGAGGAGGCGCUUCUGUCGCUGGCCAUGCUGCUGCGGCUCUACCUGGUACCCCGCGCUGUGCUCCUGCGCAGCGGCGUCCUGCUCAACGCGUCCUACCGCAGCAUUGGUGCGCUCAACCAAGUCCGCUUCCGCCACUGGUUUGUGGCCAAGCUGUACAUGAACACGCACCCCGGCCGCCUGCUGCUCGGCCUCACGCUUGGCCUGUGGCUCACCACCGCCUGGGUGCUGUCGGUGGCCGAGAGACAGGCCAUUAAUGCCACGAGCCACCUUUUGGACACACUGUGGCUGAUCCCCAUCACAUUUCUGACCAUCGGCUACGGGGACGUGGUGCCAGGCACCAUGUGGGGCAAGAUCAUCUGCCUCUGCACGGGGGUCAUGGGAGUGUGCUGCACAGCCCUGCUGGUGGCCGUGGUGGCCCGGAAGCUGGAGUUUAACAAAGCCGAAAAGCACGUGCACAACUUCAUGAUGGACAUCCAGUACACCAAGGAGAUGAAGGAGUCCGCUGCCCGAGUGCUGCAGGAGGCUUGGCUGUUCUACAGACACACACGCAGGAGGGACUCUGGAGGCGCCCGGAGGCAUCAGCGCAGGCUGCUGGCCGCCAUCAACACGUUCCGCCAGGUGCGGCUGAAACACCGGAAACUCCGGGAACAAGUGAACUCCAUGGUGGACAUCUCCAAGAUGCACAUGAUCCUGUGUGACUUGCAGCUGGGCCUGAACAGCUCCCACCGGGUGUUGGAGAAGCGCAUCGAGGUGCUGGCGGGCAAGCUGGAUGCCCUGACCGACCUGCUCAGUACUGCCCUGGGGCCGCGGCAGCUUCCAGAAUCCAGCCAGGAGACCACGUAGCUGG